UUUCUCCUGCCACGGGAAGGAGAAGAGGAAAGUCGGUUCGCCGAAGUUUUCUUGUCUGCAAGCACCCACCAAUGUAACCUACCAAGACCAAACAUAAAUCUGGCCAAAAAAAAAAUAAAAUAUAUAUAUAUAUAUAUAUGUUACUAUAAAAGGAAAAAAGGUUAAAUUAAAUUAAAUAGCGAAGAAGAGAAGAAAAAGAUAGGUCUUCUUCCUCUUCUCCUUCACCUUCGCAUCUAAGGGUUCAAGCGCUAAAUCAUCAGUCAUCGCUCGCCCAGCAGAACAAAACCUGAGAAACCUAAUUAAAUAAAAAAAAAUGGCAUCGGAGAAGCGGUGCCUUUACGAGGUACUAGGCUUAUCCCGUGAUUGUAGCCAAGAGGAAAUCCGCUCAGCCUACAAAAAGCUCGCCCUCCAACGCCACCCUGACAAGCUAAUGCAAUCCGGCCUUUCUCAGGCCGAUGCCACCGCCCAAUUCCAAGAGCUACUCCACGCUUACGAGGUCCUCUCCGACCCCAAGGAACGUUCUUGGUACGACUCUCACCGCUCCCAAAUCCUCUUCGCCGACCGCAACGCCACAGCCUCUUCCCCUAUUCCUGACCUCUUCUCUUUCUUCUCCAACACCGUUUAUUCCGGUUACUCCGACUCGGGUCGUGGCUUCUACAAGGUUUAUUCUGACCUUUUCUCUAAAAUUUAUGCCAAUGAAAUUAAUUUCGUCAAAAAGUUAGAGUUAGGGUUAGAUGUAGUAAAGGAAGCUCCUUUGAUGGGAAAUUUGGAAAGCCCGUACGGUCAAGUUACGGCUUUUUAUAACUAUUGGUUGGGGUUUUCUACCGUUAUGGAUUUUGUUUGGGCUGAUGAGUAUGAUGCUAUGGCGGGACCCAACCGUAAAUCGCGGAGGGUUAUGGAGGAAGAGAAUAAGAAGUUGCGGAGGAAGGCAAAAAGGGAGUAUAACGAGACUAUUAGAGGGCUGGCUGAGUUUGUUAAGAAGAGGGAUAAGAGGGUUAUUGAUAUGAGUGUGAAAAGAAAGGAGGAGAUGGAGAGGAGGAAAGAGGAGGAGAGGGAGAGGAAGAGGAAGUUGGAGAAGGAGAGGUUGGAGAGAGUUAGGGCAUAUGAGGAGCCAGAAUGGGCAAAAGUUGAAGAGGAAGAAGGAGAUGAUUGGGAUGAAGUGGAGGAGAGAGGGAAAGAGAAGGAAGAGUUGUAUUGUGUGGCAUGUGGGAAGAAGUUUAAGAGUGAGAAGCAAUGGAAGAAUCAUGAGCAGUCAAAGAAGCAUAAGGAGAAAGUGGCAGAGUUGAGGGAGUCCUAUGUUGAUGAGGACGAAGAGGAAGGGGAUUUGGAGGUGGAAGAGGAAGAGGAAGAGGAUGUGGAGGAGAGGUUUAGGGAAGGUUUACAGAUAGAAGAGGAAGGGAAGGAAGAAGGAAAGAAUAGAGUUGGUGAGUUAAGUGAGGAGGAUGAUGGGGUUUUUGAUGCUGGGGAAGGGGGUGAAGAGGGGGUUGAAGUUGAUCGUGAUAAUAAUGAUGAUGAAGAAAAUAGUGUUUUUGAAGCAUUAGUGUUGGGGCAAAAAGAUAAGAAGAAUGCUUCUUUCAGGAGUGAGGAUGUGAUUUUGCAGGCAGGAUUUCAUGUCAAGGAUGAGAGUGACGAGGGGGAACUUAUGGAAGAUGAUCACUGGAAGAACAGAAGGAGAAACAGAAGAGGGAAGAAGGAGAGGGGUAAGAAAAAUGGCAGUGAAGCCGUGAAGGGUGAUGUAAACGAAACUAAAAGCAAGAAUAAACAAGCUACUGCAAGUGAUACUCUGCAUGUAGAGGGGAAGCAACCUGUAGAAAAUGAGGAUCGUAAUGGGGAAAAGGAUGAUAAAUUGGGAAACAAUGAUAAGAUUUCAAAGCAACCUGUUGAUAGCAAAGGGAAUAUGAAGAAAGAAACGAAUACCAAAUCGAAUAACUCAUCUAAAGGAAAGAAAGUGAAGGCGACAUCAAAGUAUUCUGGCAAUGUGUGUGAGACAUGUGGAGAGGAAUUUCAAUCAAAGAAUAAAUUACAUAAGCAUUUGGGAGACACUGGUCAUGCUAGAUUGAAAUUCCGAUGAGAUCAAGAGGUUAUUCUCUAUUUAUGCUGAUGAUUAAAUAUCAAACACACCAGCGCAGUUAUAGCAUUUCAGAAUUUGGGCAAGCGACAAGCGGCUCAUUCUUUUGGUCGCAUUCAUCCAUUCUUAUUGCAAAAGCAAAUUGCCUAUGGUCAAAAGGAUACUGUACGAAGCAUGCCUUCGCUUUUUCCUAUUCUUUUUUUAUUCGAAAACAAGAUAACAAUAAUGAGAUAUUCACAGAAUGCUGCUACAAUUUUGAAUUAAUUACAAGGAUUUAGUAAUUAGAAGGCGUGAUUUCCCUUUGUACUUUGCUAUGAACACAUGCAGAUUCUUAAUGUUGAUUAGACCUCAGAACAUUUAAGAAUAAGACUGCCUAUGUAUUUUUUGCAAAUUCUUUUAUCGCUAAUCGCAUAAAGGUCCUUGAAUUGAAAACCAAUGUGAAGGCAAUAGUAACUAUAAUUCUUUGUCCGGCAAUCCUUUACCUGGAACUCCUAUAAAUCAGCAAUUUACCUGGUCUAGGUGUUCUAACAGCGUGUCUGCU